UUUUUCACUGAAUAAGCCAAUGGUAGGUCGAGUUGUCGCUUCUUCGACAGUACUCGCUAACUUGCUCAGUCGUCAGUUACUCGCGAACCUUCUCGUAGAUAAGUGUGUGAUCCAGUGCUUGCAGGGAGGCGUUCGGACGGAGAGGCGUGCAGGCAGGGAGGCGUGCAGGCAGGGAGGCGUGCAGGCAGGGAGGCGUGCAGGCAGGGAGGAGUAAAGGCAGGAAGGCGUGCAGGCAGGGAGGAGUAAAGGCAGGAAGGCGUGCAGGCAGGGAAGCAGGAGGAAGGGGAGGCGUGCACGUCUGACGGAACUAACAACAUUUGGUCUGGCCACCGCCUCUUGACCAUACCUCAUACUUCAUUUACACUAAUUUUAGAUUUAGUCAUUUUAAGAUUAUUUUUGAAUUUAUUUUAAUUGUAUUAUUGUUUUAAAGCUUAGUAGUUUAUAGUUAGUAAUGAACACACACUCCAAACAAGUAUCUUUACGGUUUUAUGUUCGACAAUUAGACACAACGGACGGAAGAUUUUGACAACCCUACCGAGAUAACAGGAGUCGUAAUGUUCAUUGUGAAAUUUAUCGAUCCUCUCCGUGAAGAUACUUUUUGGUGUGUUACAUCAGGGGUUUUAUGGUGUGUUGUUUGUAGUUUUGUUUACGUGUGGAGUUAUGAUAUAAGCUGGUAGGUUAUGACCCCAAGUGGAAGGGUUUUAUUACUGCACAAUGUGGCUUUAUAUUAAACUCUGCUCUGCUACUCUACACAUGCUCUCACCCAGUCCAGUAUUAUCUGUAGUUGAUCUAAAAUGUAUAGCGAAACCUCUAUUUAACGGACUAUAUGGAGAGAAAAGUCCGUUAUAUCGAGGGUUCGUUAGUAAUACAUUACUGGAUGUCUUGAUGUUGGAAAAAUCUCAACUGAAAUUCCCCGAACAGUAAGUUGUGUUUUAAGAACAAUUAUUACAUUUAUUGAGGUAAUGAUUAUCACCUUUGUAUGUGUUACAAAUAAUUCCUAAUUUAAACCAUUUUAUUCACUUAUUAUUUUUAUUUCGUGUGAAUUUAUAUGCAAAAUAUAUAUUCAGUUGAACACUAGUUACCCCAUUAUCAUGUCAUUUAUAUUUAUAAACUUACUUCUUUAGUUUUGUUUAUGGAUUAAUAACUAUAUAAAAACAUAUAAAAAUUACUUGUCAUGAAUAUCUUAAUGUAUUUCUUAUAUAGUUGAGAUGUACAGUUACUCAAGACACUCUAUACAAAAUUGUGCUGAACAAAUUACACAGCAGAAGAAGGAUUUUGACAACCCUACCGAGACGAAAGGAGUCGUAGUGUUUAUUCCGAAAUUCAUCGAUCACCCCAAGAACAGAUAGUUUUUUGAGUGACUGUACAGUUAUGUAUCAUAGGAUGUUAGUGGUGAGGUCUGGACGUCUGACCCGAACUCAAUACUCUGCCCAGGUUGGGAUCUCACCUCACAACACAUUUAACCAGAUUCUUACACCAAGAGAUGACUUGAUCAAUGAUGAUUAAAUAUACAGUGUCGAUGUUUCAAAAUGUUAGUAUCAUAGUCAGGGACACUAGUUUGAAUCCCAGCCAGAAUUAGGGUAACAGAGAUUAGCGUAUGACUUUCAAGCUGAAAUAUCAUAUAAACCUCCAGCUUGAGGUUUCUGUUGACGAACAAAUUUUACCAGAGCCCACAUUUUUUUCACACAAGGUUCCUUAUCCUCUGCAGGUGACAACAGCGUCAUGCCGCCCCUUGGCCCUGAUGCAGUCAACAGCGUAGAACAACAGGAAACUCAGUCGCUGGUGUGUGACGCUUGUCCCUUACUGGCAGCUGCCCCGGCCAACAAUUGCACCCUCGUCAACGCUACCUGCUGUAAAUACUGGCUAUGUGGUGACCUGCCUCGUAACUGCUCCUCGAAGAAUGGCACCGUCUACCAGAUUGAUGACCAGUGGAAGGAGGAGGAGAACUGCAAGACGUGUCGAUGCCUCUUCAGCAGCAUCGAGGGCGCCUACACGAAAUGCUGGGACACCUUUUGUCCAGGCAAAUCUCACAAGGACUGUCUCACCCUUCAGAAGCCGUUAGGCCAGUGCUGCCCCCAGUACUUCUGCGAUAAUACGACCUGCUUGAGUCAGGGUUUGUACUAUGGCAUCGGGGAGACCUGGGAGACAUACGUUGCGCCUUGUGGGGAGUGUGAGUGUCAGAGUGUGGGUAAUGGCCAGCCUGAAGCACUAUGCCAGCUCGAGGUGUGCCCGACCCCUCCUUCUGACCCUCUCUGCCGCCCCAUCAAGCACAACAGGUGCUGUGACCUCCAGUGGGAGUGUACCAAUGAGUACUUGAUCACGACCCCGGAUAAAUGGGUGGCUGGAGGGAGAGCGUCGGUGUGUGUGUUUACAGUGCUCAACCAGGAGACCAUGGUCGACCUCUUCAUAAGCCUGUCGACCAAGACCUCUUCCAACACCAGCUCUGUCCUCCUUAACACCACAGUAGAGGGACCUGGUCACGUCUGUACCACUCUAGACGUCCCGAAUGUGAGUGAAUAUUACGGUGACCUCGAGAUCUUUGGUAAGGUGGGUGCCGCUAUGGUCUCCGAGUCCCUGAUGGUCAAAUUGGAAGAAAUGGGCAAGACAUUCGUUCAGACAGACAAAUUCCUCUACAUGCCAGGUCAAGUGGUGAAGUUCCGUAUCCUCACUAUCGUCGGAGCGGAGUCAAAGGUGUCGUAUGAAGAUCUGGAGGAGGUGUGGGUUACGUCCCCUUCAGGUGUUCGACUCGCUCAUUGGCUCAAAGUGAACAACUCGCAAGGUCUUGUGCAUUUGGAAUUUCCUCUGGCAGAUGAAGUUGAGGAAGGGAAGUACAAGAUCCAGACGAGGACAGAAGUAGGCAAGGGAUACCAAGUGUUCGAGGUGGAGCACUAUGACCUGCCCAGGUUUGAGGUCACACUCAGCCCUCCACCUUACGUCCUUUCCUCUGAUCAAUACAUUAUAUUCACCAUCUGUGCUGAGUACAACUGGGGCCAGGAGGUGGAAGGUUCGGCUUGGCUGGUUGUACACACCCACACACACUACUAUAACGGGCACUUGGAGGAUCAACACCCACUUGUCAACACAACAGUACAGUCAUUCACGGGCUGUGUGGCGGUGAACGUGUCGACUAAUAACCUGACGGAGGAGAUGUACUUCCACACCCUGAACGUGGAGGCGGUAGUGACGGAGCAGGGUACUGGGGUCACCUACGAAGCCUUCACAGAGGUCAAAAUUCAUCGACAAGUAGUGACCUUUAAGAUGAUCAAGAGUGAACGCUAUUUCAAGCCAGGACUUCCCUUUGUGUUUCAGGUAGAGGCGAGGUAUGCAGGCGAGAUGCUGGCCAGAGGGGAGCCCGUGUUGGUGUGUGUGGCCGACAUCUGCAAUAACUAUACCACCAAUAACAACGGCUCCGUUACCUCUAUCUUGCCGCCUCACCUCAUACACCAAGACACACCUGCUUACGUUCAGGUGGGAGCAGUAGACCACCAAGGAGGACCGGGCAUAUUAGGUGACCUGCAGCCCUCAGAGUCCACCUUCUACAUCAAGACCUACUACUCGCCUUCCUGCUCCAGUAUGGCCCUUCACCUUCCUUCUGGUAGACUUGAGUGCCAGCCUGGACAGAACAUCAAGGUCUUAAUACCAGUUAUAUUUGUGACCAAUAACACGGACAAGGUUGCUGUGACUACCCAGGUCAUAUCCCGAGGUCAGGUCAUAAUGACAAGCAUCCAAGAGCGAGUACUGACUGCCUCGCCUUUGGGUUUGGAUGAGGACCUUCUGUUGGCGCCGCUAAAGGACCCAGAAGGAGAACUAGUUAGAGGGUCCUUCACUAUUGAGGUCACGCUGCCACCUACAGCCUCACCCACUGUCUACAUAAUCAUCUGGUAUUCGAGAACGGACGGGGAGGUGGUGUCAGCAUCAGGCACUAUCGACGUGGCACUGUGUCUCACCAACCCCACCACUCUCACCUGGCACUCCUCCUCCUCUAAUGGCACCAAUCCCCCGGCACCAGGAGACAAGACCAGCUUCACCCUCUCUGCCAAUCCCAACUCUAUCUGUGGUCUUGGAGUAGUGGACCGGAGUGUAGAGAUGCUAGCAAGGGAACAACCUCAUCAACUGUCUGUACACACGCUCCUGGAUGUCGUGCGAGGGAUGGAGGUACAGUCCUGGGAACACUAUGACUACCUGGACCUUUACUCCCGCUGCUACCAAGAUUACAACUACGAUUACUGGGAUUACGAUUAUCCUCUACCGCCAAUACGUAAGAGGAGGUCAGCUACGGGGAUGGAAGAUUCGUAUGCUGUGCACUACGUUGAUGCUUUUUAUGCCUUCAGAGACGCAGGAUUACUGGUGGUUACCGACCUCGACUUGGAGACUCGACCUUGUCCUCACCAUGUCCCUGACCUGUUCCUGCCAGGAAUAAUGCCACUGGAUGAUAUGGCAGUGAUGGCGCCUGUAGCAUCGCCAGGGGAGAGCAGCGAGGAGGAAGAGGAUGAACAGGAGGAGGAGGGGGAUGAACAGGAGGAGGAAGGGGAUGAACAGGAGGAGGAGGGCGAUACAGAGGAGGAGGAAGUCCGUAACGGACAGGACACAAGGAGCUACUUCCCUGAGACUUGGCUCUGGCAGCUCCUGGUUCUCGACAACACUGGUGAGACAGUAGAGGAAGUAACACUACCAGACACCGUCACUGAAUGGGUCGGGAAGGCUGUGUGUGUCCACCCCCAGAACGGUGUGGGAUUCAGUGGCCCCGCCUCUAUCAUCACCUUCACCCCCUUCUUCCUGGAUCUGAUCGCCCCGCCCUCAGCCCGUCGAGGGGAACAAGUGCCACUGCUUGUGUCUGUCUUCAACUACCUGAACCAGAGCCUCCCGGUGACUGUGACUCUGGCAGAAAGUUCCCGGUAUAACGCCAGCUGGUACACGAGGGAGGUGUGUGUGGGGCCGGGUACCCAAGGCCUGCUACAGUUCACGGUGACGCCAUCUUACGCCGGCGACAUCUCUCUCACCUUUAGUGCCAACAUUACCUGGGGAGCUGGUGACACUUGUGGUAAUGGCACUCUUGUUAUUAGUACCAGAGACACAAUCACUGAAGUUCUGAGGGUGACCUUGGAGGGCGUCAUCAAGGAGGAGGUCCACAGCUCCUUCAUCUGUGCUGGUGAGGGGAACGUGACCUUUGAGAUGAAGGAAGUGGCUGGGGUAGUAAACGACUCGGACAGAUCCUUCGUUGGCGUCUCCGGCGAUCUCUUGGGACCUACUCUUGAAAACUUAGGCCACCUAGUGAGGCUACCAUCGGGGUGUGGGGAACAGAACAUGCUCAACUUUGCCCCUAACGUCUACAUCCUCCAGUAUCUGAACAUCAGCAACCAGACCACCCCACAGCUCAUCAUCAAGGCGACCGACUACAUGUCUAAAGGAUACCAGCGAGAGCUCCGGUACCGACGGGAGGAAGGAUCCUAUAGUGCCUUCGGUGAACAGGAUCAAGAGGGGUCCACCUGGCUCACCUCCUUCGUCCUUAAAUCUUUCGCUGGAGCCAAGAACUUCAUCAUGGUAGACGAGGAGGACCUGGCUGUAAGCGUCAAGUGGCUCCUCUCUCAGCAGGACGACAACACAGGCUGCUUCAAGUCCGUCGGCAAAGUCAUUCACAAAGACAUGAUGGGAGGCGUCAGCAGCGGCUCAGACGGGUUUCUAGGUUGUCUCACGGCCUACGUGGUGAUCGCUCUGACGGAAACUGGCCACCAUAACUCUCCGUCAGCCGUCUCCAACGCCCUCCAGUGCAUCCUCAACGACGCUACUCCUCACAACUACUACUCCGGAGCUAUCAAGGCAUACGCCCUCGCCUUGACUUCAUCUGCCGACGUCGAGAGUUACAUCGCCCUCGCCUACGCCCUUCUCCAGAAAGAACCUAAGGACGUGAGUAAAGGUUCCCAGGUAGAGGCGGCUGGCUACCUCAUGCUAGCCAUGAUGAAGGUAGACUCGGUGCGUUACGCUAAUGAAGGUUUCCUCUUGGCCAAGACGAUCACGGCGCAUCGCAAUGGCCAGGGAGGCUUCGUCAACACUCAGGACACUGUGGUGGCGCUAGAGGCCCUGGCAGCGUUCAACCAGGUGUACCCGCCCUCAGACACUAACCUACAGGUGACCGUAACAGCAGGCAACCAGAGCACUGCGUUCAACAUCACCCAGGAGAACAGACUCCUCCUCCAGACACAACACAUUACAGAGCCUCUACCAUAUAAUGUCUCCGUUACGCCCUCUGGUGUAGGUUGUGUGGUGAUGAUGGCCGUUCACCGAUAUAAUAUACCCGAGGAACCCAAGAGUGAAGCCUUCAGUAUGAACUUCACGGCCACUCAAGUUUCAUGCUCGAGCUCCGCCCUCCGAGUCUGCUUUGCUUACCUCCUCCAAGAUAACUCCUCCAACAUGGCCGUCCUCGAACUCCACCUUCAGACUGGCUACCUCGCUCUCGAAAAGGACCUUGAGUUACUGCUUGAGAAGGAAAUUAUCAAGAGGUUUGAUAUCGAGGAGGCUAUAGUGCAGCUGUACUUGGAAUCUGUAAGUAGAGAUGAAACGUGUGUAGAAUUAGAAGUACUUCAGAAGACAGUAUUGGAGGACCCUCACCCCGGUACGCUCACCUUAUAUGACUACUAUGAGCCACAUCUGAGGUUAACCAAGAAAUUUACACUUGAGAAGAAUGGAUGUUAGGUGCCAUCGUGGACGACUAUGAUGACUACGACGACUACCACUAUGAUGACUACCACGAUGACAACUAACACAAUGACGAUUACCACGAUGAUGACUACCACGAUGACGAUUACCACGAUGACGAUUACCACGAUGACGAUUACCACGAUGACGACUACCACGAUGAUGAUUACCACGAUGACGAUUACCACGAUGACGAUUACCACGAUGAUGACUACCACGAUGACGAUUACCACGAUGACGAUUACCACGAUGACGAUUACGACGAUGACGAUUACCACGAUGACGAUUACCACGAUGACGAGUACCACGAAGACGAUUACUACGAUGACGUUUAAGACGGCUAUGGCCACGACUACGACAAGAAUAGCCAGGACAAAUCUCAACAAGAUGUCAAGGGUUUACCAGUAUGUACGUGUGAUAACAACAGUCAACAGUGAUACCAACAGUCAACAGUGAUGCUAACAGUCAACAGUGAUACCAACAGUCACUAGUGAUGCUAACAGUCAACAGUGAUACUAACAGUCAACAGUGAUACCAACAGUCAACAGUGAUGCUAACAGUCAACAGUGUUACCAACAGUCACUAGUGAUGCUAACAGUCAACAGUGAUACUAACAGUCAACAGUGAUACCAACAGUCAACAGUGAUACCAACAGUCAACAGUGAUACCAACAGUCAACAGUGAUACUAACAGUCAACAGUGAUACCAACAGUCACUAGUGAUGCUAACAGUCAACGGUGAUACUAACAGUCAACAGUAAUACCAACAGUCAUCAAUGAUACUAACAGUCAACGGGAUACCAACAGCUGACAGAAAGACAUAGUAAAGAAUUGUUACUAAGUUUAGCAAUAUUCCUGUCAUUAUUAUCAAUUAAAUUAUGCAAGUAUUUCUUGCUAUUAUUUUGAUUUAUAUUGUAAAGUAGCAUCAUAAUUUUGUGUUUUAUUUCAUUAUUAUUCGUUUUCAAUCAAAUAUAUAUUAAUCAAAGGUGUCAAUUUUGUUUUGCUAUUACCAAUGUUUACAUAAACCUAUAGUUAUCUUAAAGAGGAGACAACACACUAUACUUUGUUUAACAGUUUUAGGGGGGGACUUUUAUCCUACAAGGUGGUCAUUUAGACACCAUUACGUCGCUAAACUAUACAGAGAUUUACCUCCCUCUUGUGUUGUGACCAGUGAGGCAUUCUCUCUCUCACCCCGUUAGCCAACAGUGUACCGAGUCAAGGACGGCGAACGCACCCCCAACGACCACACUGGUGCCCUCACAUUCUACCUAGCAACCAAACCUUAGGGAACACGCAAAUGACGCCGACCACAUUAAGCAACUAUUGUUAUCUUACACAGACAACAUCAACCAAGUUCGACCGCGAAUUACCACUCAAACUCAUUACAACCUUCCCAUAAUGAUUUCUUACAUAAGACGCCAUACUUAGUGGUGUGUCGUUUUGUGCACUACCCUCUCGCUUCCCUUCCAUACGAUAAUUUAACCUGUUGAGUACGAUAAUUUAACCUGUUGAGUACGAUAAUUUAAGCACUUGCGUUCGAUAGAUUUACCCUUAGACUUGGAGUAUGAUAAUUUAACUUGUUGAGUACGAUAUCUUAUGGGGUCCCUCCGGAAACAAUACUUAUGGUUAAGUUAAUAACUGAUAAGCCGUAAAAAGCAUGAGAUCAUAUUUUUUUACACUUCUGAGUAAUUUCUGAUAUUGAUAUAUAAAUAAUUGUAUCUUUUAUCUGUAUCAGCAUCAACAUAUCCUCCCUGAACUCUUUAUGUAAACUAUUAGUCUCACAGUGGCCAGCUGGGAGUACUUUCCUCGCUGGCUGUAAGUGAGAGGAGACCCCGCCUCAUCCUUGUGGCCGCUUGAAGGUACUCCCUCUCUCUGGUUCUCUCCUUGCUGUCCGCGCAUGCGCUUGGGUCUCGCCUCGUCAGGUACCGUAUAUAAGCAUGUAGGACCCCAGCAGCAGUACAAGUUCUAUUGCCAGCGAAUCGUCAAGAACUAACCAUCUUUCAACAUGCACCGUAACACAUUCUUCGCUCUGGCCGUCGCCUGUGGCCUCCUCCACCUCACGAGCUGUAUUUUCGUACUUGAGACCACCGGCGCCCUGACUGCAGCAACAAUCUCACUUGGCGCAGCCUCCUCAACCACCGCUGCCGCAGCUGCCUUUGCUGGUGUGGGUGCCCUGGCCCUCGCUGGUGUCCUGGUAGCCACCCAGGCCGCGUCCUCCAAGGGUAAGCGCAGCGCCCCUACCUGUCUACCUGUUAGCAACCCCGACCUGUUUUUCACCCUGGCGGCCAACUCAGACAAGCUGGGGUGCGGGAUGCGUCUGGUGUGUGAGCUGGAGUCCACUCCUGACGAGGCUCUCACCCACCAGGAGAAGCUCAUCCUAGGGCUUUUCGGCCGUACUCCCGUCCCCGUCAACUUCGAACAGCUUAACUCCCCAAAAGCUGGCUUCCAGUAUGCUGCUUUCGUUGGUGCUAAAGCUGCCUCUCCCGCCGAGUGUGCCAAGACCUUCAACCUGUGCCCCUUCGACCGUGUCACUAUGAUCAAAGCCUUCCAGAAGAACGGCAUCAAUAGCCUCUGAAACUCUUAACGUGAAUAUUUAUCGGCGGCAAUUCCCUUCCUGCCAGCCGGCUGUCUUGUAGUGACGUUGGUUGACCUUGUAGUGCCUGGCACCUGGUCACCUCUUAUAGGUGACCCUACUUAAACUCAGGUAUAGGUCAGGUCAGAGCCGUCAACUAGUCACUGUACAAUCACACUUCUGUCACUUUGUUUACAGAUGAAAAGUUCACUUCAGUUUCAUCACCACAAAUGCUUCUUUAUAAUAAAUUAUACGACACAUAA